AUACGCAUCACCUCACGCCUACAUUCUCUCACAGUAUGCCGCCGACGAGAUCAAGGAGACAAGGGCUGUCUCGUACGACUGCUCAAUCGCCCACUCGCAGCCAGAGAGCAGCUCCAUCGUCCAGUAGACAGACAUACGGCGGCAGCAGCAACCAGCGCAGGAGAAGUCGACACCAACCGCAGGAGGAAGAGGAGGAGGAUGAAGAGGAAGAAGAAGAGGCAGAGGAAGACGGAGAGGAGGACAAUGGAGGAGAUGAAGAUGCUGCAGAAGGUAGCCGUACGGCACAAGUCGAUGACGAUGAUGAGGAAGGAGAAGAAGGAGAUGACGAACUCAAGGUCAAAAAGAGACAGAAACUACCGCUAUCUGAUGCUGUUAAGUCGGUGGUCAAGGGCAUCGGUAGGGUGGAGAUCGACAGGAAGAUCAAUGACCUGGUUCGCCUAGCCAUCUUUUCAGAAUACCGUCGUGUGCCCAUCAAAAGGGACGACAUAUCGAAGAAGGUGCUCGGCAAAUCCGCCGCUAGAGCCUUUCCCUACGUCUUCAACAGAGCUCAGGCUAUUCUACGCGAGGUCUUCUGCUUUGAGAUGGUCGAGCUCCGUGCAAAAGGCACAGAGAAUGAGUUGCUCACCCAAGCAGCAACCACUUCCGAUGCGAACAAGGGCAAAAAACGAGCCAGAGGUGGUGAGGAAACGGCGGAGAAGGAGGAGACUGCGAGACCAAAAGGUCCUUCGAGCAAUAGCUGGGUCGUACGCUCCAUACUACCGCCAAUUGUCAUCAAGGCCAUGGCCGAGCCGAACGCAGCAGUAGCAGCCGCUUCUUUCACCAGUGCAGACGAUUCUUCUGGCUCUGGAGCUGCCUCUACAGGAGCUCUUCUAGAUUGGCAAAAAGCCGACGGUCAGCUCGGAAGUCUGGGCUUGACAUUUCUGAUUCUCAGUCUGAUCUUGCUGAACGGAAGAAGCCUCUCUGAUGACCAAUUUCGAGCUCUCCUCCAUCGACUCGGUCUCGAGAAUGCCGCUCAGCUUCCCGACUCGCUCCGUCCCGACUCUCUCGCCAUUCCACCACCCGAGCUCGACGCUUCGCAGUCCCACAGCUCCUAUCGUCGCGCCUCUACCCGUCGAGGCGGCACCGUUCUGCCCACGGAUACCGUUGCGCAUCCCUCCACACUACAGUCUCUUCUCUCACAAAUGCUCAGACAGGGCUACCUCGAAACGGUCAAGACCAAUAUCGCCACGGGGGCCGUCUCCCGUCGAGGGGGCGUCGGACGAGCUGCCGGCAACAAUAGAGGAGAAGGGGGAGGAGCAGUCGAGACCAUCGAGUGGAAGUGGGGACCUCGCGCCGAGGUUGAAAUUGGUGAAGAGGCAGUCGCCACUUUUGUCCGAGACGUGUACAUCGAUGCCGACCCGGAUAAUGAAGCUGCAGCUGGUACUGCCCGAGGCGGAUCAGAAGAGGCAGAUUCCUCGCAGACGCAAGUCGACAGCAGUCGUUUCGUCGGAAGAAGCAGCGGAAGACAGAGUCGUAGUGGACCUAGGGCUUCUAUCCAGGCUAACAACAGUAGUAGUGGGGCACGAGGAAGGGCUAGUGCUGCUGGUGCGCAAGGGGAUAAGGCGGAGAGGGAGAGGAGGGAAAAGCAGAGCCAGAUGCUCAGGAGGGAGAUCGAGCGGGCGGCGGGUAGUCAACUCAUCAGUUGAGCGUAGUGUACGGUGUAUGGCAGGAGGCCAGAGAGGAGGAAGAUGUGAUGGUCUCGCCUUUCUCACAGUUGUUCAUAGAUUGUCAUUGCGGUUCAUGAGCGUCACCUGUCGUCUACCUUCAAAGAAUUACAACCAUCGUCACGUCAUCC